AUGGCAAAUAGAGAAAGUAUAGAAGUGCAGGAGAAGUUAAGGCAGUCCCAUAUCCAAAACAAAGAGUUUUACAAAGAACGAUUUUUAAAAAUUCAGAGGAAGAAGUCAAUACCAAUAAUUGAAGAAAAUUUACCAAAACUGAAGUAUAUUCGAAUAGUUGGGACUCACAACACAGUGAACAAGAUUUUUCACAUUGUGGCUUUUGAAUGUAUGUUUACAAACAAAACCUUCACUCUUGAGAAGGGGCUAAUAGUUCCCGUGGAGAAUGUUGCAACAAUUGCUGAUUGUGCCAGUGUGAUUGAAGGAGUCAGUCGGAGCCGAAAUGCCUUGCUGAAUGGCGACACCAAGAAUUAUGACUGGGAUUCUGGCUAUACGUGUCAUCAGCUGGGAAGUGGUGCAAUUGUGGUUCAGCUGGCACAGCCGUACAUGAUCGGGUCAAUACGGUUACUACUUUGGGACUGCGAUGAUCGAAGCUACAGCUACUAUGUUGAGGUCUCCACCAACCAGCAACAGUGGACCAUGGUGGCCGACAGAACUAAAGUCUCCUGCAAGUAA